AAAUAGAAAAAGCUUUUAAGGGGAUGUUUGUGAAAUUAUCCUUAAAAAAAUAUUAAACCGUGAUUAGUCUCAUGAACCAGCGGUUCCAAGUCAAGGCACACCGGUUAUCUGUCCGGACCAUCAACACGUUAGACAUCUCUCUCUCUCCGCCUCUUGCAAAACCUUUCAACUCCAGUCUGCGGCUCUUCUCCAACUUCAAAGCUUUUUUGCAUAUCUCUGUUAAUCGACUCGUUUCCGUACCAUUUCUUUGUUCAUAAUGAUCCGGUUCAUACUAUUGCAGAAUCGCCAGGGCAAGACCCGUUUGGCAAAAUACUACGUUCCUCUUGAGGAUUCCGAGAAACACAAGGUCGAAUACGAGGUCCAUCGAUUGGUAGUAAACAGAGAUCCCAAGUUCACGAAUUUUGUUGAGUUUCGUACGCACAAGGUUAUCUACAGGCGUUAUGCUGGACUGUUUUUCUCCCUGUGUGUUGACAUAACCGAUAAUGAAUUGGCGUAUCUGGAGUGCAUUCAUUUAUUUGUGGAGAUAUUGGAUCAUUUCUUCAGUAAUGUGUGUGAAUUAGAUCUGGUUUUUAACUUUCACAAGGUCUAUCUGAUACUUGAUGAAUUUAUUCUUGCUGGAGAACUCCAGGAAACAAGCAAGAAGGCAAUUAUAGAAAGAAUGGGCGAACUGGAGAAACUAGAGUGAAAAUUUUUCUGCGGUGAAGGUUCUUGGGGAGCAAUUUGGUUUUUGGAUGGUUUUACACUUGAUUUGUUUAUCUCAGUUACCUGUGGAAAUUUCUUGUGUAGUAUUAGAAAAAUGAACUAGAAAAUAUUGUCCCCUUGGCAUCUAUUUUAUCUCUUCUUUUUAUUUUAUUUUUUCUUCUUUUGUCAUGUGACAAAUCAUAAUCAUUAUGAUAUACUAAAGGAAUAUACA